CACGUGACACUCGCCGACAAAAACAGUGGAGUGAACAGAAAUCCCCCGGCAGUCAGCGCGCGGCUAAAGACACCAUCGGUGAGUGGGGCGCUCGUGCUGCGAUCGAUUGCUACCGUCUGAUCUCUGAUGCAAAGAUGGAUGCCUGCCGAAACAGGUUAUAAGCGUGGAAAGUAACUCCGAGGCUGCCCGUUCAACGUUCAAUUCCCUGAUUUGGCCAAUGCUUGCAGCGCUACAGCAUGACCACAGCGUUGGCUGUUCAUCUGGUAGUUCUGGCAAAUGAAAAUGGAGGAGGGUUCUGUGUCCAGCCUGGACAACAGCAAGCUGGAGGGCAUGGCUCAGGACAUCCUGUCUGAGCUGGUGGAAGAUGCAUGUCUGGGUCUUUGCUUUGAGGUCCAUCGGGCUGUAAAGCAGGGCUACUUUUUCCUGGAUGACACGGACCAAGAGAGCAUGAGGGACUUUGAAAUUGUGGACCAGCCAGGACUGGAUGUGUUUGGGCAGGUGUACAAUCAGUGGAAAAACAAGGAGUGCGUUUGUCCCAACUGCAGCCGAAGCAUCGCAGCGUCACGAUUUGCCCCGCACCUGGAGAAAUGCCUGGGAAUGGGACGGAACAGCAGCCGCAUAGCCAACCGCAGAAUAGUAACAGGUAACAACACCAACAACAAGUCAGAGAGUGACCAAGAGGAUAAUGAUGACGUUAAUGAUAAUGACUGGUCGUACGGCGCAGAAAAGAAAGCAAAGAAAAGGAAAUCUGACAAGGCAUGAUGGGCUCCAGACGCCGUUUGGACAACCAGGAGAGCCCACGCACGAGGCGUUCUCUCAGUAAUCCGCCCGUCCAAUCACACAUGCUUUAGUUGUUGUUGUUGUGUGUGACCAACGCACAAAGGGACACACAACGGAGACCAACGUCAGCAAACCAUCGGACUCUGGAUGUUUUCUGCAACAGAAACAAUCUUCAACUCUAUACUUGACAAAAAACUAUUUUUUGUUUUUCAUUUACAUAAAAACAUUUUUUAGUGCUUUAUUCCACUUUUUCCAUUCAGGAUAUAUAAAAAAACAAGAUAAAAUUAGGGCAUUAUGUUAAUGUUCUUCUCAUAAGCAGCAGUUAAUUUAUUCAUUCAUUUCCUUCACUUCCUCUGAUUCAUCAGCCUCUGCACUGAAUAAACGUCAUGGUUGAUACAGAAAUAUUGUCCGUCUUUUGAGGUUUGAGUAAAAGCAUUUAAAAAAAAUCAAACUUUCCAGAUCAAAUGCAGUACAAUAUUUGUUUUUCUGAGUCAGACUGUUCUCAUCAUGUUCUUACCUCCAGAAAGGUCUAAAGGUGGAGAGUUCCUUCUGAUUUGAGGGAUAAGGUGAUAAACUAUGUUAAUUUUCUGAAUUUAACCAUCAUGAUUACACAUUUCCCAGCUGAUCAAGAAAGAAUGAAUGAUAUCCUUCAUAACGAACGUCUAAGACAAUCAUUACUAAUGGUUUGUCUUUUCCUUUUCACUGUCGGGGUUCUAUUUGUCCAGCUGAAUCACCACACUAGCGGCUGCGUCUUCACCUGUGGAAACUUGUUUUCUCCUGUAGAUCAAUCUCUAAUGGUAUAAGCAGCUUUUGGCUGCCUAAAGGUUUUUUUUCCCCUUUUCUUUGUGAAUAUAUCAGCUUGUUUUCUAGCAUUCAAAUAUGUCUUUAUACCAUGUGUUUACAAUGUAAAGGGUUGCAUAUAUCCUUGCUGUGAUGUGAUAGUGUAAAUAUUGUAAUAGUUGAAAUGCUGCUAUCAUGGCUCAGUUUGUUCAUCUGUCUAGUAUAAAUAAAUAAUUUGCUACCUUG